CAAAUGUCAUAAUAUUGUUUUGUUUACACAUGCAAGGAAAGAGGGAACUUGUAAAAUAGAUAAGUAGUAUAGAAUAAAAUAAUGAACGACAGUAAAAUAAUUAAACUAUGCAAAGAGCUGGGAUGCUGCGAUACAUGUUGUCUCCGUUAUAUAGGAUUGAAGAGUCCUGCAGCUUACGAAGAAGCCAAACAAUUUCUUGUUAAAUAUGUACGAGAUAAAACAGAACAUGCCAACAAUGUCGACCCGAGCACAGAUCAAGAUGAAACCAAUCCUCCUGAAGAGAUUGGCCCAACGGCAGAACAAGAUAAAAUUGAGCCAGCCGACUGUGCCAACCACAGCAAAGAACAAGAUCAAACAGAGCUUGCCGACGGUGUCAACCAGAAAACAGAGCAAGAGGCUGGCUCAUUACAGAAUGACACUGAGAAGACUUCCUGUGACAGAAAUGGAGCGGAGUCAGACGAGCCCCCGGCCAAAAAGCAGAAGACUGACAGUAUAUGUGUGAGCUGCAUUGGUGUGCUGCAGGAGGAGAACUGGCCACAAUGCUAUGCCAUGGUCAAGGAGGUGCUGGACAAGAAGCGGUAUGAGUGUGACACAUUUGCGUGUGCACUGUCUGCACCAAUUGCCACCAUGCUGCGGGAGCGCUACAUCACACUCUGUCUCAAGGAGCAGUUUGCAGACUAUGAUGCUGACAAGCUGCUGACCCCCUUGAAGGAGGCGUGGAAGUGGUCGUUUGGCGCGCAUCUGGCCGCGCACGUCGGCAUUACCCUGGACUCGGGCGCCGUGUCGCCGCUGCUCGUCACGCUCAACCUCGAGUAUCCGGACGACCUACAGGAGUUGGAGGUGCUGAAGACGUUGUCGGCGUCGCUGUUCGAGUCACGCAGCAAGCAGCGACAGCGCUUCGCGGUGGAGUUCACUCGGCGCUCCGUGGAGCAGGCGCUGCGCGGCGUGACGCUGGCGAGGCUGCGCGCGCAGCCCGCCUGGGAGGGGGGCGCGCCCGCUCCCCGCGCCCAGGCCAGGCCCGUCAGCGUGCAGGCUGCGCAUGCGCCGCUGUACUUGGGCGGCCGCUACAUCAAACUCAGUCGCACGUUGCCGCAGACGCCAUGGCUUGUCAACGGACUGCGCAUGAUGCACUCCUCCGUGCAGGAGAUCAUCUUCGGGCCCAUCGCGCGCCUUUACGGGAUGAGUCCGGACGAGACGGAGUACCGGUUGAAGUUCAUGUCGGCGGGACGCGAGGACGUCGACGUGCGCUGCCUGGGCGACGGCCGGCCCUUUGCCGUCGAGGUGUCGGACCCGCAGCGCACCCCCACCGCGGACGAGUUGCGGCGUAUGUGCGACGAGAUCUCGGAGGGCGAACAAGUCAUCGUCAAGAGCUUAGUGCCAGUAUCCAGGGAAGAACUGGCGGAGCUGAAGAAGGGAGAAGAGACCAAGUGCAAGACAUAUGAGGCGCUCUGCAUCAAGCUGUCCCACACCGAGGACGACGAGCUCACGGCCAACGGCGACACGGCGAUCCGCGUGACGGAGCGCGACAUCGCCAACAUCAACAGCUACCGCAACAGCGACAGCUCGCGCGUGCUGCUGAGCCAGCGCACUCCCAUCCGCGUGCUGCACCGGCGGCCGCUGCUCACGCGCACGCGCCGCAUCCUCGACCUCACCGCCUACCCCGUGGCCGGUCACCCGCAGCUGUUCGUGGUCCGGCUGCGCACGGAGGCGGGCACCUACGUCAAGGAGUGGGCGCACGGCGAGGCGGGCCGCACGCGCCCCCGACUGCAGGACGCGCUGCGGGCGCGCGCGGACAUCCUCGCGCUGGACGUGGCCAGCGUCGACCUGCCCUGGCCCAACACCAACACGCUCUGAUCAACAACAUUCAUAAUAUAUAUUUUCUUACCAAAUUA